AUGUUUAUCGUGGACUGGAUUGCUGCUGGCGUUGUCGCCGUACUGGUUCUCUUCCUCGCCGUAUACGUCGUUUGCAGAUACAGCGCAGAAGAAGAGGAUGGCGAUGCGUGGCUCCCGCGAGUGCUCGUGAUAGUAACGCUCUGUGUGGCCUGCUACAUGGUGCUGCUACUGCCCCUGGAGGUGUCACUGAAGGGUGACAGGCCGUCUUUCGACUUUGCCUGGGCCUGGAAGGGGUUGCUGAUUGCCGCGUACUCUCUUUUGUUUGUCGGCGGACCGUUCGCUUUUGUAUUCUACGAGAGCUGGUCACCGACGCAAAGCAGCGUGUGGACGCAGGUGCGUCCGUCCCUGGCGGUGGUGGUAGCUGCAAAUGUAAUGUUCGCAGCUGCCUUUGGCGUCUUGUGGCUGUGGGGCGAUCACCUCGACACAAAGGAUGGAACCCUCACGCAUGUGCCGCCGUUUGUGUACUUUGUGGCCACCACCUCUUCGUUUGGCUGGUGCUUCCUUUUUAUUUUCGCCGGGGUGGGCCUCGCUGCUGUGCCGCUCCGUGCCGUUGCCGCCUUUUUCAACCGUCCGCGUCCGAUCACCAAGGCGGAGUACGAACUGGCUCGUGCCAAGCUGAACAUGGAGGUUCAGCACCUUCUCGACGCAGGGCGACGUCUCGAUGCCCAAGCCGGAGCUGGUCGCCCCAAUCAAAAACAGCGCCAGAAGAUGCUCCUCUUCAGGCGGGACGUGCGCGACGUCGAACGGAAGAGCGAGCGCAACGAGGCGGCGUACCAUCUCUCCGGUGCCUACACACUUCGUUGCUACAUGGCGGCCGCGAUGGGCGUCGUCAACGGUGUUGUGACUGUACUGUGGGUGCUUCACAUUCUUUUGUCCAACAUACUGAAUGUGUUCCCGCUGAUGGACCGCAUGAUUUGCUUCUUGAACGGCCUCCUUCCGAUGCUGGCCACGCUGGUCUAUGCCUACUGCGCCAUGUACUUCAUGUGGUGCACCAUUGUCGGCUGUCGCUCAGUGAGCGGACACGUGCUUAUUCUCCCAGUGUACCCUUUGAGAGUCCGUGAAACUAUGAUCAAUGCGCUCUUGUUCAACUCACUGUUGCUGCUUUGCUCGGCGUUCGCUGUGCUGCACCUGUGCGCCGUGAGCUUUUCCACUUAUGCGGCAUCCACUUUUCUGCACCAUGUUUUUGUGGUCACCCUUCCUCACAUGUUCGGGGUCAAGUAUGUCGCUCAAGUCCUUCAAUAUGCACUACUCGCUGUUUUCACGCUCUCCAUUCCGUGGCUGACGGUGUGUCCGCGGUGCAUGACCGGCGCGGUGAGCGACGCGGACGAGGACGAUGGGCUCGUUUAG